GUCCUAACAAACACCCCAGAAAAGAGAAGAACAACAUUUUAAUCCAACCCCAUGGUAAAGAGCAUUUUGGUGGAGGGGUAGCUCACUAUCGUUCUCUCUCGACGGAGGGUGAUGGGAUUCGGGGUGGAGGAUCCGAGGGCUCUGAUGAGGGAGUUCCUCCGCGAGACAGGGGGGUGCGCCGUGAUCGACGGUGGGCUCGCGACGGAGCUCGAGGCGAACGGCGCGGAUAUCAAGGACGCGCUAUGGAGCUCCAAGUGCCUCUUCACCACCCCCGAUCUCAUCAAAAAGGUUCACUUGGACUACCUUGAAGCAGGCGCUAAUAUUCUAAUUACAGCAUCGUAUCAGGCUACCAUUCAGGGCUUUGAGUCUAGGGGAUUUUCAAGGGAGGAAAGUGAAACAUUCUUGCGGAGAAGUGUUGAAAUCGCAGUUGAAGCACGUGAUGAAUUUCUAGAAAAAUGUUCAAAAGCUUCUGCUGAUGCCAACCAAGAGAAAACUAACUUCAAAAACCGUCCAAUACUGAUUGCAGCAUCUAUUGGGAGUUAUGGAGCAUAUUUAGCGGAUGGUUCUGAAUAUAGUGGUGAUUAUGGCGAGGAGGUUACUCUGGAUGUUCUCAAAGAGUUCCACAAGAGAAGGCUUCAGGUUAUUUCAGAGGCAGGGCCUGAUAUUAUCGCUUUUGAAACAAUUCCAAAUAAAAUAGAAACACAGGCAUAUGUUGAACUACUAGAGGAAUGUAAUAUAAAGAUUCCAGCAUGGUUUUCUUUUAACUCAAAGGAUGGGAUUAAUGUCGUUAGUGGAGAUUCUUUGAUUGAUUGUGCUUCUAUUGCUGAUUCAUGUGUGAAUACUGUUGCACUAGGAAUCAACUGCACUCCCCCAAGAUUUAUUCACGAUUUGAUUCUAUCUAUUUGUAAGGUUACUGAUAAGCCAAUUUUGAUCUAUCCAAACAGCGGUGAGAGCUACGAUGCUCACAAAAAGGAAUGGGUGGCAUCAAGUGGUGUUUCAGAGGAAGAUUUUGUUUCGUAUGUCAGUAAAUGGCAUGAAGCUGGAGCCUCACUUAUUGGAGGUUGCUGCAGAACAACUCCAAACACUAUAAGAGCCAUAUCAAAAGUUCUCCGAGGGGCUUGAUACCCGAUAAGAACAGCUAUGAUGAACUUAACAGCAUACACUGGAGAAGCAGCUUAGUGUUGUUCAAUUGGAAUUAGCGAAAUAUAUCUGAAUUCUGAUCUUUCAUCUGCUUCAGAACUUACAAUGUGAAUAUAUAUAAUAUUUAGAAGGAAAUGAUUCUGAUAUAGUAAAAUGAGAUCGGAUUUUCUGUCUUAAUGUUGUUAAAAAUGGCAGCAAAAGGCCAAUUUUUUAAGUA